AGCUCACGAUGGGCUCGUUACGCCGGCAGGUAGGCAGUGCCCCGGCGGCGGGAGCAGGCGGUCCAGGAAUGUGCGAGGGGCGUGAUGACAGCGACUGCCGCCGGGCUCCUUGCGCAAGACCUUCGCUAUAUAAUCCCCAGCGCUGCGCUCUACCUGGGCGCCUCCUUCCGUCCCUUACCUGCCGAGGGAGCGCUGACCAUGGCUCCUUGGCCUGAGUUGGAAAAUGCCCAGCCCGACCCCAACAAGUACAUCGAAGGGACCGGGGGUCAGCAGGCCACCACCCCUGCCAAAGGCGGGGAGACCGGCAAAAAUGACACUGGGACCUCUGUCACCAAGAUCGAACUCCUGCCCGCCUACUCCACUGUGGCACUGAUAGAGGAGCCCGCCGAGGUGACCGACCCCUGGGACGUGCCAGCGCUUCGGGACACGGGCACCAAGUGGGCAGAGAGAGACACCAAGGGGAAGAUCCUCUGUGUCCUCCAAGGGAUUGGGAAAUUUAUUUUACUCCUGGGAUUUCUCUACCUGUUCGUGUGCUCCUUGGACGUCCUCAGCAGCGCCUUCCAGCUGGUCGGAGGCAAGGUGGCCGGACAGUUCUUCAGCAACAACUCCAUCAUGUCCAACCCCGUGGCGGGGCUGGUGAUCGGGGUGCUGGUGACCGUCAUGGUGCAGAGCUCCAGCACCUCGUCGUCCAUCAUCGUCAGCAUGGUGGCCUCCUCACUGCUGAGCGUGCGGGCUGCCAUCCCCAUCAUCAUGGGGGCCAACAUUGGGACCUCGAUCACCAACACCAUCGUAGCUCUCAUGCAGGCGGGGGACCGCAGUGAGUUCAGAAGGGCUUUCGCCGGUGCCACCGUCCAUGACUUCUUCAACUGGCUGUCUGUGUUGGUGCUCUUGCCUCUGGAGGCCAUCACGCACUACCUGGAGAUCCUCACCAACCUAGUGGUGGAGACUUUCCACUUCAAGAACGGAGAAGAUGCCCCAGCCCUUCUGAAAGUCAUCACAGACCCCUUCACAAAGCUCAUUAUCCAGCUGGAUAAAAAAGUUAUCAACCAAAUCGCAAUGAACGACCAAGCGGCCAAAAAUAAGAGUCUGAUCAAGACCUGGUGCAAGACUUUUACCAACGUGACUCAGAUGAAUGUCACCGUCCCCUCGUCUGAUAACUGCACCUCCCCUUCCCUCUGCUGGACGGAUGGUGUUCAAACCUGGACCAUCCAGAACGUGACCUACAAGGAGAACAUAGCCAAAUGCCAGCACAUCUUCGUGAAUUUCAACCUCCCGGAUCUGGCUGUUGGGAUCAUCCUGCUGAUAGUCUCCCUGCUGGUCCUCUGCGGCUGCCUGGUCAUGAUCGUCAAGCUCCUGGGCUCCGUGCUCAAGGGGCAGGUUGCCGUUGUCAUCAAGAAGACCCUCAACACGGAUUUCCCCUUUCCCUUUGCCUGGGUGACCGGCUACCUGGCCAUCCUCGUGGGAGCGGGCAUGACCUUCAUUGUGCAGAGCAGCUCAGUGUUCACGUCUGCCAUGACCCCGCUGAUUGGUAUUGGUGUGAUCAGCAUCGAGAGGGCCUACCCGCUCACGCUGGGCUCCAACAUCGGCACGACCACCACCGCAAUCCUGGCAGCCUUAGCCAGUCCCGGCAAUACCCUGAAGAGUUCCCUCCAGAUCGCGCUGUGUCACUUUUUCUUCAACAUCUCCGGCAUCCUGCUGUGGUACCCGAUCCCGUUCACGCGCCUGCCCAUCCGCCUGGCCAAGGGGCUGGGCAACAUCUCCGCCAAGUACCGCUGGUUCGCCGUGUUCUACCUGAUCUUCUUCUUCUUCCUGACGCCGCUGGCGGUGUUCGGCCUCUCGCUGGCGGGCUGGCCAGUGCUGGUGGGCGUGGGCGUGCCCAUCCUCUUCGUGCUGCUGCUGGUGGUGAGCAUCCGCCUGCUGCAGGCCCGCUGCCCGCGCGUCCUGCCCGGCGUGCUCCGGAACUGGAACUUCCUGCCGCUGUGCAUGCACUCGCUCAAGCCCUGGGACAACCUCAUCUCGCUGCUCACCGGGUUCUCCGGCGUGUGCUGCCUGUUCUGCGCCUGCCCCUCGUGCUGCCGCUGCAGCAAGUGCUGCCAGGACCUGGAGCAGCAGCAGGACGUCCCCGUCAAGGCCCCCGAGGCCCUCGAUCACAGGGAGGCCCUCGAUGACGCCAAGCCCUGCGGCGAUGCUCUGGGCGCCAAGGCUGUCUCCAGCAGCACGGCCUUGUAGGGGCGGCCCAGAGGAGGGGGAGACUUCGGGUCCCACAUGCCCACUCCCUCUGCUCUGCCCCUUUCCACCGCCUGGGAGGGCUCUGCUCCGGUUAGAAAUGGAUGCCCAUCAGGCCUCCUCUGCGUUCCCUCCGUCGGCUGUCCACCCGCAGAGCAGUCUCUCUGACUCUGCUGCCUCGGUCUGGCAUGCCCAGGAAGGCCCAGCAGGGCGCCAACGGCUUGCUCCUGCACGGCUGGGUAGAACCCACUUUCAGACACAGCUUCCUCUUGGGAAGGAAAGGGCAGGCGGGGAGAUUUCUAGGCAGUGUGCUACCGGGGAGGCUUGUGUAUGUGCACAACAGAGCUGCCCCUCGGGGUGGGAAAGCUCAGGCCUGUAAGUCCAAGACUAGCUUCAACCAAGAGCAGCUAAUUCCAGGUCCUUGCCAGAUUCUCCCUGUAACAGAAAUGGUGUGACUGUGGGUGUUUGCCUUCCCGGUGCUGCCAGGUCCCCUCCCCUGCCUGGGCAGGCGUGAGACUGCAGCGUCCUCCCCUGAAGUUGCCAGGAUGGGACAGGACCCACCCUGAGUGACAGAGAGACUCAGGGUACACUCCCACCAUCUGUGCUCCCCUCUUCCUGAGAGAGGAGGGCCCUGCUUAUGGGCUAGGCAGACGGAGCAUCAGAGCAAGGCCUGGCCAGCAUUUGGGGAGCUGGCUUAUCUGCUGCAAGGACCUCAGGCUCUUCACUCGGCUGGCUUGGAAGCCAGAUUGACAGCGGUUGUGACCCAGUGCCACUCUCUUGGUCAGAAAAACACCAGUCUCACCGGAUUUUCUGGAGCACCCUAUGAACGUUCCCUAAGCUCUCUCCCUGCCCCUGCUGCCACCUGCAUCCCAGGGAGCUUCCACACAUGGAAUCGUUCUCCGUGUCUGGCACCUGCUCACUUUCUGUGCAGGGUGACUUCCUGGGUCAGCUUUUGCAGACUAGUUUCCUCCCUUCCAUCCACCCCCUAGGAUCCCUUUCCAAACCUUUCCCCUCCCUCCCUCAUACGUGGGCUUCACCUGUCCAUGCCAGCAAAGCUGCAAACUUCUCAGGGGGAAGAAGCCAGGGCAUGACUGGACCACCCAUGGAACUGUGACCACUGGGCGCAGUGGGUCCAUGUGUGUCGUGGGUAAAAGGUUGUGCCCCUUCCCACCCCAGAUGCCAUCUCUGUGCCUUCUCCAGCCCUGUUUUAUCUGUACCGCUGCUUCGUACCCUCAGCCCUCCCAGUUCUUCAUCCCAGCCUUGUCUAAGUGUCCAGAUCCUAUCAUCCGCAUCCCAGCCUUGCCACCUUUUAAGAGGUUGGGACAGCAAACUGAGCCCUCCCCUGACUUUGCCCCCAGUUGAUACCAGUUUCCAAACAGCCAUUUAUACUCUGUAUUUAUAGCCAUGCACCUGUACAGCUUUUUCAUAAGUUAUAUAGUAAAUAGCCCCUGUGAUUCGUGUCUUACAGGCCUCAUUGAGAAAGGAAGCAGGGUUCUUCCACCAAGUGUAAUGGAAAGGAGGGCUGCCUCUGUUUUCUCACUGCCUUGCAGACAUAUCUCCAUGGCCCUGGCCACGCCCUGCACUCUGUAAAUACAUAAGUUAACCCGGGCCAGGGCUACGGCUGCCUUUGCACUCUGAUGAUUUUUAAAAAUCGGAUCCUUGUACCUGUGUUGAUUGUAUUUUUUUUACUGGUUGUGGGA